AUGACCGCCCCCAAGCUCACCCUCUACAACACCUACUACUGCCCCUACGCUGCCCGCGCCGUCCUGGCCCUUGCCGAAACUAAACAGGAGCAUGAAGUCGUCGAAAUCGAUUUGAGCGUGCCACGCCCUGACUGGUAUUUGAAGGACAUCAACCCCUACGGCCAAGUCCCUGCCCUCAAGAUCGGUGAGGACCACAUCAUCCUUGAGUCCCUCAUUGUCGCCGAGUACAUUGCUGACCUUCACCCCGAGUCUGGCCUUAUCCCCAAGGAUCCCCUCCAGCUGGCCCAAUCCAGAUACUUGAUCCACCACUGGGGUGCUCGCACCCAGCCCGCUCUCUUCAAGGCCACCAUUACCCUAGACGCCGCCGAGAACGCCAAGGCUCGUCAGGAAGUCUAUACCGAGUUGGAGAAGGUCGAUGUCUUGCUCCGCAACGUCGUCCGCACCCCCGAGGACAAGGAAGGUCCCUUCUUCUUGGGCGAAAAAUUCACCUUUGCCGAUCUCGCCCUGGCUUCCUUCUUGACCCGUCUCUUCCUCGUCGUCGCGUACCAGGAGGAGGGUGUUGAGCAGGAGUUUGAACAGGCCUUGAAGGACAACAAGAACCUCGAGCGCUUCCGUGAGUGGCGCGACGCCAUCUCCCAGCGCCCUACUGUCCAGAAGGUCAGCGCUCCCAGGGAGAUUCUUGUCAAGAACUAUCGCAAGUUCCUCCCCAAGACCAACUAA